AUUUUAUUGCUUUUACCUGAAAAAUAAAAUUAAAGUAUCCUUUUGUAUAAUAGUCCUCCUUUGCCUGGAAUCAUUUGGAAAAUAGUCUGAAUCUUUGGGAGCAGGUCGGACAGCUCUCACAUUGGAAAAAGGAUAUAUUCAAUCUCAAUGAGAUGCCUAAUGAUGGUCUGUCAAAGCACACAUUUGCUGAUAAAAUCAUAAUACAGAAUAGGCCAUGGUCGGGGUGCCUAAACUUUUCCCUGUGGAAUGGACCGGAGCAAACACUGAAGGUGUUAAGAUGCAAAAUAGUUCUAUAUGUGAGCCCCAAGAGGCAAGUGACAAAAUACAGCCUGAUCGAAGUGUGUUAUAAUUUGUUUUCUCUCCUUUGUUCAUGACAAAAUGCAUAACAUAUGAAAUAAAUGUUUUGCCUUUUGAAUAUUGUAUAUCCAUUCUUGAAUAGAAAAGUCAUUAUCAUGUCUCACAAGCCCUUUGUUUCAGCUGCAAGAGCUCUAGUCUGCUUCAUGAUGUUAAGAUUUUCAUUUCAAAUGAGUUACAAUGCUUGCAUGAAUGGAAAAUAAGUCUUUGUUGUUUAUAUUACAUGUUAUUUCAAUUUUCAAACUUGAAUUUACAUUUGAAUAUUGCUCUUAAAAUACUUAAUGUCAAACAACUAAUUUUUGACUCAAAUAUAUCAUAUAAUAUAAUGUGAAAAAUAUAUAAUGAUCUUUUAAAAUAAGAUUUUGAUUUGUAAGUGUACAUAACCGUAGGAAUUGGGUUUCCUACAUAUGUAUAGGCUCAAGAGCAUCGCAGAACUGAUGUUGGACAGAUGAUUCGUGCCCUCAGCUGUGUCUGUCCACCCCUACAUCGAGGCAAACUCGAACGUUUCCGCGGCUGUAACCAAACCUGGCAACCCGGAGACGCAAUCUGUGUCAAUUGCCGGGCGACGUAGCGCGAAUAAAGGCCGUGGUCUAUUUCUGACUGUGGCUUAUUUUAACGCGAGGCUGCCUUCAGCCCCAUUUGUCUGCAUGGCGGGUUGAUGGUUUAUCUCUCCGGUUCUGCCUCUCCUGUUGCUCGCUCCUGUCCGGCCCGCGUCGCGUCGUCUCCCGUGUGUUUUUUUUUCCUUUCUAUCCGCGCGGCGGUGAUGAUGACAGGUGUUCAAGGUAAAGCGCCCACAGGAUGACGCUUUUCUGUCUCGUCGCUCGGUGCAGAAGGUGCAUCGCCGUCAGGGAGGCUUCCGUCUUUGUUUUCAGUUUGGUUUUUCACUAGACGUCGGAAGAUUUUUUGUUUUGUUUUGUUUUGUUUUGUUCUUUUUGUUGUUGUUGUUGCUGGAGACAAAAAGCGAUGCGACGCGUAUAGAGACGGAAUGAGAGACAGGUCUCCCCUCUGAACGUCACCGUUAGCGGACGUAAUUAAUCCUCGGGGGUGAUGUUAAUUGGUUAAGGGGGUUAAAGCCACGCGACGACUCGGGGUGAAUAUUGUGAUGUCCUAUUUUUUCCUCUGCUGGUGAACGGCUCGUUGUGCAGGUUCAGUAGGCUACAGGCAGAUUAUCACCAGGCGGAGGAGGAGGAGGAGGAGGAGGAGGUCUGUGUGGCAGAUAAAGAUGGUGUUUCGGAGUGAGGAGAUGUGCUUGGCGCAAUUGUUCCUGCAGUCCGGCUCUGAAUAUGACUGCAUCAGCGAGCUGGGGGAGCUGGGGCUGGUCGAGUUCCGAGAUCUCAACCCGAGUGUCAGCUCGUUCCAGCGGCGCUUCGUCAGCGAAAUCAAGAGAUGCGAGGAGAUGGAGAGGAUUCUGGGCUACCUCUUGAGGGAGAUCCAAAAGGCGAACAUAGCUGUUCCAGAGGAGGAUGAGAGCCCGCUCGCUCCUCCCCCCAGACAAGUCCUUGAGAUCAUGGAGCAGCUCCAGCGGCUGGAGAUGGAGCUCAGCGAGGUGGCCCGAAACAAAGAGAAGCUGCAGAGGAACCUCCUGGAGCUCACCGAGUACACGCACAUGCUGAAGAUCACGCGGACCUUCAUACACAGCCGCUCCAGACAUGAGGCUCUUGGUCCCCAGUAUGAAGAAUUCCCCACGAUGGAGACGGACUCGGUGACGGGAUGCACCGGCAUGCAAAGACUCGGAGCCAAGCUGGGGUUCGUGUCGGGCCUCAUCCAGCGGGUGAAGGUGGAGGCCUUCGAGCGCAUGUUGUGGAGAGUGUGUAAAGGCUACACCAUCCUCAGCUACGCGGAGGUGGAUGAGAACCUUGCUGAUCUCGACACGGGCGAGAUUAGCAAAAGCGUUGUGUUUCUCAUCUCCUUCUGGGGAGACCAGAUCGGACAGAAAGUUCAAAAGAUCUGCGAUUGCUACCACUGCCACCUUUAUCCCCACCCUGAGAAUGACGAGGAGCGGGCCGAUGUGCUGGACAGCUUACGGACACGCAUCCAAGACCUCAACAACGUGCUGCACCGCACUGAGGACUACCUGAGGCAGGUUCUGCAGAAGGCGUCGGAGUCGGCCUACACCUGGGUGGUGCAGGUGAAAAAGAUGAAGGCCAUCUACCACAUCCUGAACCUCUGCAGCUUCGACGUCACCAACAAGUGUCUGAUCGCCGAGGUGUGGUGUCCCGUCAGUGACCUGGCAAACCUGCGGGGGGCUCUGGAAGAGGGCUCGAGAAAAGGUGAUGCCACCGUGCCGUCCUUCGUGAACCGCAUCCCGAGCACCGACACUCCGCCCACGCUGUUGAGAACCAACAAGUUCACAUCCGGCUUUCAGAGCAUCGUGGAGGCUUACGGGGUGGGGGACUAUCGCGAGGUAAGCCCAGCUCCCUACACCAUCAUCACGUUCCCCUUCCUGUUUGCUGUGAUGUUCGGCGACCUCGGCCACGGGAUGGUAAUGAGCCUCUUCGCCUUGUGGAUGGUGCUGACGGAAAAGAAUCAGAAGAAGAAGCGGUCCAGUAAUGAGAUAUGGGCGACGUUCUUCAGCGGACGUUACAUCAUCCUGAUGAUGGGGCUCUUCUCCAUUUACACCGGCCUGAUAUACAAUGACUGUUUCUCCAAGUCCCUCAACAUAUUCGGCUCUGGCUGGAGCGUUAAGGCCAUGUUCACUAAUCAGCAGUGGACAAACAAAACCCUCCAAACAAACGCUCUGCUCACAUUAGACCCUAAUGUCAGCGGUGUUUUCAGCGGUCCGUAUCCAUUUGGCAUCGAUCCUAUCUGGAACAUGGCGGUGAACCGACUGUCCUUCCUCAACUCCUACAAGAUGAAGAUGUCAGUUGUUAUCGGGGUCAUCCACAUGAGCUUUGGAGUGGUGCUGAGUGUCUUCAAUCACCUGCACUUCCGACAGAAAUUCAAUGUCUACCUGCUGUUUCUUCCUGAGCUGCUCUUCCUGCUCUGUCUCUUCGGUUACCUGGUCUUCAUGAUUUUCUACAAGUGGCUGGCGUAUGGCGCACGGGACUCCAGCCAGGCUCCAAGCAUCCUCAUCCACUUCAUCAACAUGUUCGUCAUGCAGGGGAAGGACAUGACUCCUCUCUACCCGGGACAGACUGGGCUGCAGAUCUUCUUAGUCCUGAUAGCGAUGCUGUCAGUCCCUGUGAUGCUGUUAGGAAAACCUCUCUACUUGUACUGGCUGUACCGAGGAGGCAAAGGCCUGCGCAGGCGCAGAGGUUAUGAGAGGGUGAGGCGUGUAAGUGAGGACGACAAUUCCACAACACCGUCCUACGAGGAGGAUGAAGAGGAGGGGCUUGAUGAAGUGACCAGCAGAGAAGCUCUCCCCAAAGAGUUUGACUUUGCGGACGUGCUCCUGUACCAGGCCAUCCACACCAUAGAGUACUGCCUGGGCUGCAUCUCCAACACCGCAUCGUACCUGCGUCUCUGGGCGCUCAGCCUGGCCCACGCCCAGUUGUCGGAGGUGUUGUGGUCCAUGGUGAUGCGCCUGGGCCUGAGGAUCACCACGCGAGUCGGGGUGGUGUUUCUGGUCCCCGUGUUCGGCCUCUUCGCCAUGCUCACCGUCUCCAUCCUGCUGGUGAUGGAAGGUCUGUCGGCGUUCCUUCACGCCCUCCGACUUCACUGGGUGGAGUUUCAGAACAAGUUCUACCACGGGACCGGUGUCAAGUUCGUGCCCUUCGACUUCUCCCUCCUGCCCUCCGUUUUCGAACAAGACGGCCUGCUUUAAAAACUACGGACCCUGAAGCGCUGCACACGGGCGGAGGGCAGACUUUCUAUGAUCGGGACGGAUGCCGGAAGCAGGAAGAAUUCACACUGUGAUAAACGACAACAAACCUUCAAGACAAUGGAUUGAAGCUCACUCUUGUAGCAACGUUUUUCACCAUGACAAUUUUUAAAAGUGUUCUCGGCUGUGCUGACUGCCUUACUACUGUACCCAGCAGACCUCUGAGUAUACAGAGGCUCAAAAAUUUCCUCUCGUUCCGUUCAUGAUUUGAGUUUUGUGGGCGAGAUGUCGCUCGGCACUACUUGUCACACCAGUUGAGUGGAUCUUUCAUUUUGCUUUGUGCUGUGUAAACUGGUUUUGUAUGAUUUACGACAUGGUAUUUAAAAUAAACAAGUUAUACAGUGCAAUGUAAAGUUCAAAUAUGUUACAACUAUUGAAGUUCAUAUCAAGCAUCCUGAUGUAGUGCCAUAGAGAUUUAUUUCGGAUGAUGAUAUGAAGAUGCCUUUGGGGUUUUUUUCCGUGAUGAGAGAAAUCCCGCAGGCAUCGAAAUCUAAAGAAAGGAUAAAAAAAAAACUUUACAACCCUUUUUUUGUGAGGCAUAAUGUCACAAAGCACUUUGCAGAAAUGAUUGUACAAUGAAAAGUUUUCACUUUUGACUGUGAUGAUGCCAAAUGAAAAUAAUCCUCAACCGUUAGCUAUUUGCUUAUUUACUUAUUAGCGCAUUUAUUUCAAGUUAACCUCCCCUGUAAUCGAUAGGAAAAAUAUCAGAUACUCCAGAAAAAAAAAAGAAAAAAAAAUCAAGAAGCCUUAGGUCUUUCUUUGAUGAUACUGCUCGUUGCGUUCGUUAAUGAUGAUUAAUCAUGGUAUUUAUUUAAAUUAUUGUCUGUACAAGAGUCUAAUAUUUUACCAUUUUGAUGUGUUGAAUAAAGGUUUCAAGAAACGCAAGCAUAUACA